GUUUUCACGCACAUCACUCAUUAUAUAAAACUAGUUUUUACGGGUUAAUGCACGAAACUUUAUUUAUUUAUUGACAUUUCGUAGCCUUUACAGGCUACGUCGUCAGAAUUAAACUUUUAUUUAAUUUGUCGAGCUACCUUCGAAAGACUUUUAUUGAGCGUUCGGUUAUUUCAUCGUUCGAUUUUUAAAGUUUUAUUGUCUAUGUAUGAAUUUAUUAUUAAAUUUACUUAAUAAAGUAUUUUAUUUAAAUUCUUUUUUGUAAUUUUGUGUUUAUUUAUUUGACCCUAACUACCGUAAACUACCACCGGUUCCAAAAUUGGGAAACCUUUCUGAGAAGAACCGGCGAAACAAACUCAAAAGAGGCUUUCUAUGUCCUUCUUAUGUUGAAUUAUGCAAACAAAAAGAACUAAUAGUAUCUGAUGGUCUUGCAGUGUGUGCUCGGGGUUGGGAUUUUAUCUCCUGUAUAAUAGGUUCCCAAGCUGGUGGCAUAUACCAACCAUCUUCCCUAUUGAAAUUUGGAUAUUUUUUUAAUCUCAAUAGCCUCGCGCAUCAUUCGAGGAACGAACCGCCGCUCAGCUGUAAGGAUCUGUGGUUUAUCAAAUCUAAUGUAAUGGUUUGGUCCCCCUAAUGCAUGUUCACACACUGCAGACUUAUUUUCGCGCCUAUGUUUCAUAUCUGCGAUAUGUUCUUUUACCCGAGUCCCUAUACUCCUCUUUGUUUGCCCGAUGUAGGAGAGCCCACAGUCGUAUUCAAGUUUGUAGACACCAGCAACUUGAAAGGGUAUAUUGCACUUGACCGGUCGUAGGAACUGGUUGAUCUUCUUUGGCGGCUUGAAGUAUGUAUUGAUUGAAGCUCGCUUCAGAAUCCUCCCAACCUUGUCAGUGACUCCUUUCAUGAAAGGUAGUAUAGCAGGUUGUCGGUCGACUGUGCUAGGUUUGGCGCGACUGUGACGGCGACGUGGUACAUUCAGGUUAUUAUCCUUCAGUACUUGCUCGACAUGCUGAAGUUCAGCUGCCAGGUGUUGUUUGUCACAGACACCCCGUGCUGUCUGAAACAAAGAGUUUCCUAGGGCAGUUAAUUGUUUCGGGUGAUGGUGUGAGUCACCAUUAAGGUACCUAUCAGUAUGAGUCACUUUACGAUACACAGUGUGGCUUAAACUUUGGUCAGGAUUCCUGAUUAAUAAAAUAUCUAGAAAAGCUAGUUUACUAUCUGCCUCUAACUCCAUAGUGAAAAGGAUGUUGGGGUGUAUAGAAUUAAGGUGAUUUAAAAAGGCAGAAAUUUGAUCUGUUGGGAGGAUUGUGAAAGUAUCAUCUACGUACCGCUUAUAUAGCCUGGGUGUGACAGGUGCUACGCUGAGAGCCCUCUUCUCGAAGUCUUCCAUGAAAAUAUCGGCGACAACAGGUGAGACAGGGGAACCCAUUGCAACGCCCUCCAUUUGUACAUAGAAGUCAUCCCCCCAUAACAGGUAGCCUUAUGUAAGGCAAUGCUCCAGUAAUACUGCAUAUUCUAUAGGCAUAUUAUUUUCAAGUAGCUUCUUCUUAGUGAUUUCGAUGCAGUCCUGUACUGGUAGGCAUGUAAAUAAGGACUGAACAUCAAAACUGACCAGGAUUUCAUUGUCCAUGAGACGUUGAUCUCUAAUCUCAUUGACAAAUUGGUAUGAAUCUUUCACAAAGGCUGUUGUGUUACCUCUCAGUGGUGAAUGUAACUUUGCUACGUGUUUAGCCAAAAACAAUAAAUAAAGUUUCGUAAAUAAACAAUAAAUAUGAUUGCAAAAAAGUUGGACUAUUUUAUCCUCUGGCAUGUACGAAUAGUCAAAGCCAGUUGUGUUCUAAUGUUGAAUCACAGACAGUAGAAGAUUCGUUUGCUAUCAACGAAGAGACAUGCGAUACAUCGCUACUGACACAAUUUACUUACACCCAGGCUGAAGAAUAAGAAGAUUAAAAAGAAGAACAACAAGAAGAAGUAAUUGAAGAUUAUGAAUCAGACGAAAAAUAUCUUUUAUUAUGCAAUAGUUUCCAAUUAAACAGAAUCACAAUAGACAUGUGGAAUAGGCCCAUUGGGGAAACUACUUAAAAAAAGCGCUAAGUACACCACCUCAGAGGUGGCGUGGUGCAUAUUAUGACGCUUACAAUUUAUUGAAUCGUUACGUUACGACGAAAGAAAAAGAAGUAUUUACUCGUUGCCUUGAAUAUGUUGCAGCGGCGUGCUGCCCGCAUCAUUAGCGAUGAAAAGAUAACUUACAAACUCGAGACGCCGCGAUGUAGUAUCAUUAGCGCAUUCUAUCGACUAUACCACGGCGAGUGUUCUGAGGAGUUGUCUUCCCUUAUCUCUCCAUCUCCUAUUCUUCGGAGGUCGAGGCGCGUGUUACAUUGUCACCGAAUUACUGUGGCCACUAUUCCUACACGAACAAAGUUUGGCGACCACAUUUCUUUUAUUCGCAAGUGGAAUUCUUUGCCUGCGCACGUGGUUCCCCCUUCCUACAAUCUGGGAUAAUGUAAGAGAGGCGUGAAGAUGCAUUUCUGUAGGCCGGCAAGGUGAGGAUGAUUCGUGUGGCGGUUUAUAACUGCUAUAACAGCUAUCUUCGCAUCUUGACUCUAUCACCAUAUCAAUUUUUAUUAGGUCAGAAAUUUUCUAAUACCUAACUUGACUCUCAAACUAAGAAAUAUAUUGUUACCGUUAUAAUUUUCCUUCAAAGUUCAUGGAAAGCACGAUCAUCAUGAUUUUUUCCAGGUUUUACAAGCCAAUAGUUUAGUUUUUAGAGAGGAGGGGAGGGGGGCUACACGAGCAAAAUUUGCACUUUAAAAUUUAAACAAUAUUUUGCAAACGGAUCCCUACAUCGAAAAAUAGUCUUAGGAUCCAAAAUCAUCUCCAGGGUACAUGUAGGGGAGCUACCGCCAAAAAAAAAUUUUUCGAAAUUUUAUUCUACCAUUUUGACUCCACAAAAUUACAGCUCUAGUGCUAACAGACCUCAAGAAAAACCGGGGACGGGUACACAGACAGACGGACAUGACGAAACUAUGAGGGUUUCUUGUCAGGACUACGGAACCCUAUAAGCACCUUUGAAUGUCUAGAUUGGCCGGACUAUAAAAAAAUAUCUUUUAUUAACUCUCAGGUGUAGUAUAAAGCACUAUACAUCCCUCGAAAGAAAGUAUUAUUCCCAACUCAGGUGUAUUUAGUACACCCUUGUUGGUAAUAGGCCACUUUCUCCUCUCGGUGAACAAUGUAUUAUUAUUUGCUUAGAAGGAAUAUGUGCAUUACGUCGCGGAGAUAAGGGCGAAUUUGCUGUUACUGUUUCUGAAAUUCGCUUCGUUAUGCUUCGACUCUGCACUAGCGCCGCGCCGGAGGGGCGCUAGUGAGCAACUAUCAGUACCUAUGCUCAGUAUUGCCCACCAUCCACCACCUAGAUGAUCAUUCUCUGAUUAACGGUCGUCAAUGCCGAUGAUUUUCUAGCAUAGGUGACCGACUCACAUCUAGAGUUAAGCUAGCCAGUCUUCUCUGGUCACAUUCUCAUUUCUGUACCUAGAUGGCUUACUGCCUACGUGAGCAUAGAAUUCACAUCUUUACAGAAGGAUAUAAUUUGCCGAUUAUAUCAGUGAAUGCAUCAGUGGUCACGUCCUAUCUUAUCCUAACAUAGCGAAAAUGGAGGAGCAGCUUAGUUUACUGGUUGGUAUUAGGCGGAACCGCAGCAUCAGUUUAGGUUAAGCAUUCGCGAUGUUCUAGGAUGCCUUCAAUCCUUACGUCCAUAAUACAAUACUCUGUACUUUCUUUCAUAUUUUUAUAAUUGGGAUGUUCAAGGUUUAUAUUACUUUGUGAGAUAUGAAAAUGAAACAAAUUAUAAUAAUGAUUCAUAUUUAAUCUAUUUGAUAAAUGUGUCAUAAAUACAUCUAAGGUAUCCUCUUCUUUGGAGAAGUCAUCUCUAUUUUUCCUGGUAUAUUCAUCAACUAGUUUCAUGUGUUGUUCCAAAUUGUCUACUUCAUUACUUUCAGAAUCAAAAUAUUUGUCUUCUUCAUCUUGAGAAAGUUGUUGUAAAUCAUCAUAUUGUUCAUCAUUGUCAAUAGCUUCAUAAUCAACAUCAUCUCUUCCUUCAAUAAAACUACUAUACAUUUCCUGGAGAAAUUCUUCUCUCAAUAAUCUACGCUCAGGAGCACUAAUAGGGCAUUGUUUUCUGAUAUCUGGUUUGUAGCUCGGUCUUGUAUCUACUUUAUCAAAAUCUCCCCAUUGCUUCUUCUUUAAACCAUCUUCUGAAAACUCACCCCAAUGCUUGUCACCUUUUAAAUUGUCCUCAGUUUCAGCAAGACUUUUAACCUCAUCCUUAUAUAUUGGAUCCAUUUUUUCUUCUAGCAAUUGCUCAUUUUUUGUUUCUCUCAUUUGGUUUCGAUCAACCGUUUCUAAUAUUAAAGUAAUAAAUGUCAAGUUUUCUCUAUCAACUCCGUCUCGUUCCCUUAUUUCUUCAUCUGUUAGAUAUUGGCCGACUAAUUGGUCAUAGAGCAGAGGAUUCCUUAACAUCAUUUGCUUGUCAGUAAAAUAGUCACUUUCAAUUUGAAGCUUCUUUAACGCAUUAUAUCUUCUGUUUCUUAUUCUUUUAUGUUUGCAUUCUUUAGAAUGGUAAUUUUUUAAUUGUUUCAAGCAUAUAAAAUAAUCAUCUUGUAAAUGGUUUUCAGGUUUUAUACUAUCAAAAUAUUCUAAAUGGCAUUGUGUCAAGUACUUCCCAAAUUGCCUAAGAAAAUCUGGGGGUGAUUUUUUAAAUACUUCAUAGGCCAUUUUUAUCUUAUCCGUAGUCUUCACCUCACUUUCAUCCUUAUGUGCGUUUUUAAACGAGAUAUUUGCACAUCUGACCAAAUAAUCAAUUAUAUCAUAUAAUGGAUCAAUUUCUGGUUCAUUUUCGUUCUCAAUGUUGUGUGAAACAUCAUGAAACUCCAUCUCCAAAUUCACAAAAUAAAAUAUUAAUUAUUUUGGCUUCACAAAAUACAAAGGACGAGGUACCAAAAUUAAUGAACUGAUUGAAUAUUUAUUAUUUGUUAACCUUAGUCCAAACCUAGUUAAUCAUAAAUAAAAAGGAAAACCAAAGGAAAAAUUUGUAAAGCACAAGAUACAUGGAAAAUGGAAAUUUAUAGCUAAAUAAAAAUGUUGUGGAUUUUUUUUAUUUAUUAAUGGCUCGCACGGUUUGUGCAUAGGCCACGACAGAGUGAAAGGUAAGGAAACCAAAAUAUUGAAAUAAAAAGGUUGUGAAACGGAAUUUGGGAGGAUUAGGAUCGGUAAAUUAAUUUGAAACGUAAGGAAUAGGUCUUUAUUAUAUUAUAUAAGUAUAUAAAAUACUUAUAUAAUAUAAUAAUUAAUUAAUUAAUUAAUAUAUAUAUAUAUAUAUAUAUUAUUAAUUACUUAUAAUUUUAUAAUAAAUUUAGUUAGGAAUUCAAAUAGCUUUAUAUAAAUUAUAAUAUUUUUAAUGGAAUUGGUUUAUGGUUUAUUGGAAAUAAUUGUUGAAUUAAUUUAUAAUGUUUCGUACCUUUGAUACGACUACUAGUACCCCAAUUUUCUUCCCAAGAUAUGCGUAGAUGUACUUUAGGAAGUAAAAGAUCAUUUACUAAAUUUUUAUAGGGAAAGGCGUCACCACAAUUCACUGAAUCUUUAGUGAGUUUAUCACUACUUCAUUGCCAGUGAUAUUAUGAUGGCCAGGUAUCCACGCAAAGAGCACAUUUAAUUCUUCAAAGUACAUUUCAGCAUCAAUUUCUUACAAUCGAUCUCAUUAGAGAAAAUUACGCACGCAUUAGAGGAAAAAGCUUUAAAAUGAUUUUUUUCUAUUGCAUGUAAAGUGCUUUUGGAAUCGGAGAAAAUAAUUAUCUUUUUGAGUUGUGCAAGCAAAAUGUAUUCUAACGAUUGAUGGAUUCCAUAACAUUCUCCUGUAUAUACUGUGGUUUCUGGGGGUAAUUUAAUUUUGUGUGAUAUUUUAUACGGUAGUAAACCGAUUCCAACUUUCCCAGUAGAUGGAUGUUUAAAUGCAUCACAGUAAAUGUUAUGCCGGUCUGGCCAUUCUAUAUCAACAAUAGUCAUUAGAUUAAUAUUAGCAUUUUUAUCAUUACGUAUAGAGUCUAGAUAAAUUACUUUGAGUGAAAUAGUAAGAGCUUCAUAAUUAGUAGAAAAUAUGGGAAGAUAUUGUGAACGGUGGGUGGGUGCUAGCAGAGAAGUAAAUUUAAUGUAGCUGAAUACCAAGCAAGGAAGCGACUUGUUAUUCCAAUAUGCCGAAUGAUUAAUUUUACGCAAUAAAUAGUGUAACUUGUUAAAUAGAGGAUGGUCAGAAAGUUAAAGAGCUCUAAAUAGAAAUUUGUCACAUAAAAAUUGUCUCCUUGGUUUAAAAGGAGGAUCCACACAUUCAACCUGGAGUGCAUUAAUAGGACUUGACUUCAUGGCGCCAGUUACAAUGCGAAGAGCUUUAGACUUGAUGCUAUCUAACUUACUUAGUGCUAAUGCACUACUGGGCUCCAGAAAGCAAGUUACAUAAUCAAGGAUACUUUUGAUAAUAGCAUUAUAUAUUAAUCUUAGUGUUGAUGGAUGAGCUCACCACCAAACACCAGAUAGGCAUCUUAAAAUGUUUAAUAUUUUUUCACAUCGAGCUCAUACAUAAUAGCAAUGUGAUAAACCAGUUAAUUUGGAAUUUACAAUGAUUCCUACAAAUUUAGCUUCAUUACACACUGGAAUUAUGUCAUUACCAUAAUGUACAAAAAAUGAUGGGGGUGAUCGUAUUCUUGUAAAAAAGACGGCACAACUUUUAGAAACAGAAAGACUCAGGGAGUUAAUGGUCUUUACGUAAUGAUAAAAAUGCUAAUAUGAAUCUAAUGACUAUUGUUAAUAUAGAAUGGCCAGACUGGCAUAACAUUUACUGUGACGCAUUUAUUAAACAUCCAUCUACUGGGAUAGUUGGAAUCGGUGUUUACUACCAACAGUAUAAAAUAACACAAAAAAUUUAAUUACCCCCAGCAGCCUCAGUAUACACAGGAGAAUGUUAUGGAAUCCUUAAAUCGUUAGAAUACAUUUUGCUUGCACAACUCAAAAAGACAAUUAUUUUCUCCGAUUCCAAAAGCACUUUACUGGCAAUAGAAAAAAUCCUUUUAAAGCUUUUAUGGAGGCCAUACACAUUAGGUUUUGCAUGAUGGUUUUAGCCGAACAUGCAUAACCGACAGGCAAGCCCUUACGUGUAUGUGAUAAAUCUGUAUAGUUUUCGGUGCAUGUAACUCGGUUAUGCAUGUCGGUUAUGAAUGCACGGUUAAAACCAUCAUGCAGAACCUAACGUGUAUGGCCUCCAUUACCCUGAUUUCAAUAUUUUACAGCUACAGAUUGUUUAAAAUUGCCGCUCUUUUGGAGGGUCACGAUUCAUAAGUUGACGCGAGUAGCACAAUUCUUUCUUCUCGGCGAAAAUAUGCAGUAUGUCGUACACAGAAGACACGCACGAAUUUCAGUCACAGGUUUUUAAAAUUUUUAGGUCCCUAUUUAUACAAUCAAAUUAAUAAACUGUUGAAUAUUUACCCAUUAACCAGGUUAGUAUGUAAAGAAGUUAUCUAUAAGUGGCUUCAAGCAAUGUCUUAUGAAGAAACCGAAAAUUUUAUAAAUAUACUAACCUGAAUAAUUCAAACUGAUACAUACACGUAUGCUACAAAUACUAAAUACAUCUGCACUCAAACACACACACACAUACACACAUACACCCACACAUCAUUUUCAUACAUAACAUAUUAAUUCAAAUAUUAUACUCAUAGAUGCCUUGCUUUUAAAAUGAAUUGCUUCCUAUUGAUCUUUUCAUUUAUGAGAUAUUUAUUUAGUCUAGUAUUCUCAUGUCUGUGGGGGUUUAUGGCGCUGAAUGCUGAAAUACAGGCAUUGCCUAGUUCAGCAGCAGAGGCUAAUAAAUUAUACUUUCUGUAACUAGCUUAGAGUAUGCUCUAGCUAAGUUUGUUAUGUUAAUCUUACUGUACUGAUUUUUUUGGUCAAUAAAUCUUAUUAUUAUUAUAAGACAGACUUCUACACAUAGAGAAAGGUAAAUAUACCAAUAACUAGCAAACCAGUGGACCAAAUGUACACCAAAACCUGAUUUAAAAAAAAAAGAAAAAAAAAGUAUUUAAUUAAUUGAGAACUUCGGAGAUUUUGUGUGGUUUCGUUUGAAAUUCGUGAUUUCUCGAAAACCGGAAGUGCUACGUUACUCAAAUCCGGCUUUAGUCUUAUCAGACUAUUCUUAACUUAUAACUUAAAUAUUCUCUUUAUCUAUCUCUUACGGUUUGGCCGCUGAAACAGCACCACAGACAGACAGACGGACGGACUUGUCUAAUAGAUAAGAGAUACCCGCAUUCACUUAAGACGUGGCUAUACGUUCUUUAUUUUAUUUGCCUUCCUAAAAAAAACUGACAUGACAGUCGACAGUCGACCGACAUUGGUGUCGAUUCUGGCAGGAUUCUCUAAACUUAAAACAAAAUUUGACAUCAGUCUGUAUAGAAAAUGACAGAGAUACACUGUUGUCAAAUUUAAGUUUAGCUGCAGAGAAUCAUGCCAGAAUCGAUACCAGUUUUUUACUUGACAUUGGCUGAACGCACAAACCGUGCAUGCCAUAAAAAAAGAAAAAGAAGAGGAAGACCGACAGAUAAAAACAGUGACAGAAAUUUUCAUAAACAAAAUAUCGUGUCGUGUUGUAGAUAAACCAGUGAUUUGGUAUAUUGUAUUACUCAUUUAUUCCAAAACAACUGUGACUCUUUCUCGGCCAUAUAAAUUUAUAUUGCAUAUUUUAAAUGUGGGUUUAUAUUGUUAUUCGUGAAUGUAAUUUUAGACAGAAUAAAACCUGAUGAAAUGAGUAAUGCUCAUGUUUUCAAGAGAACUACGUUACUGAUAAUUUAACUUUGUCAUGGAUUCAAUGCUCGCUAUUAAUUGGAAUUGGGAGGACAUGUGUGGACCUGAAGGUCUACAGCCAUGGAACGACAUAAAGAAAGAUUUUGGGACAUGCUUUCAAGAGCUGUUUUUACAAAUACCAACAUAUUUUACCAUUGCUAUUGUGUCAGGCUACUAUGUCGGCUACAGAAAAGAUUGGGUUGUGAGAGAAAAAAUGCAAGAAAACACAAUUGUCCUUCGAUGCUUUAUAGUUUUAGCACUGUUUUUUAUACCAAUGAUCCAGUUAUAUACUUUUCUCACUCAAGUUGUUAAUUUUUUGCAUCCCGUUGAUUAUUUUGUUGCGGGAGCAGCUUGCAUAUCAUGGUUGGUUCAUUUUGGUUAUGUACUGGCUCUGAAACAUCGCCUUGGAUCAAGUUCAAGAGGACCCACAAUCCAGCUGGUUUUAUGGUGCCUGAUUCUUAUACUUAAUGUGAUAGCGCUUAGGAGCAACCUUCUUUCAGGAAGUCCUACAACAUAUAAUAUUGCAACACUAUGUUGUCAUAUACUGUACUUUCUCACACUCAUACCAUCUAGUAAUUCAAGACCAACAUUUUAUUCACCAUGUCUUGUCGGAUCACAACACACACAUAGUGAAUAUACUCCUUUACUCCCCCACAUUGAUGAAGGAAUAUUGGGUACUGCUAUGCAAGGGUCUAGCUGCUUCUCUAAAUUAAUAUUGUCUUGGAUUAACCCUCUAUUAGAUAAAGGUUUAGAUAAUAAAUUAAAUGACCCUGAGGAAUUAUUUGAUGUUCCCGGAAAAUACCGUUGUUCAUAUGUGGGCGCAAGAAUGGACAGAGCCCUUAUAGGCAAUGUGGACCUCUACCAAUACACUGACAUACCUCAUGAGCCUUUUAUAGCGUCUGGAUAUGGAUCUGUUGGUCAAACAGCUCCCCAAUCAUCAACUCCAGUCACUCCCACAUCUCGAGUGCCAGUCAGGCGACAAAAACGACAGAAUGUAACACUAUUAAGAGCACUACAUACUUGUUUCGCAAUACAAUUCUAUAGUAUUGGUGUUUUGAAACUAGUUUCUGAUAUGGCUGGAUUUGCUGGUCCCAUAUUGUUAAAUAAAUUAGUGGCUUUCGUUCAGGACGAAAGUAUUGACGAACAUUUGGGGUACUCAUAUGCUGCUGGGCUUUUGGCUGCCACAAUUGUAGCUGCCCUGUUUGAUGUUCAUUUCAAUUGGCUUAUGUCUAUUGUUGGACUUAAAAUGCGUGGAGCUAUAGUCUCUACAAUACUUAAAAAAACUCUAAGUGUGACUUCUACUGAAUUGACAAAAUCAUUCACAGUUGGUGAAAUAACGAAUUUUAUGUCGACAGACACUGACAGAAUUGUUAAUUCAUGUCCCAGCUUUCAUGCCUUAUGGAGUAUACCACUGCAACUUUUCAUAACAUUGUUUCUUUUGUAUCAACAAGUAGGCAUAUCUUUUCUAGCAGGUGUUGCUUUCUCUGUUAUUCUCAUACCUGUAAACAAACUAAUUGCCAACAAAAUAGGUCAUCUUAGUACUGAAUUGAUGAAACAUAAAGAUGCUCGAGUGAACUUAAUAAAUGAUAUGCUAAAAGGAAUCAGAACUAUAAAACUUCAUGUAUGGGAAGACUAUUUUGUGCGAAGGGUUACUGACGUCCGGGCCAAGGAACUAAAGUAUCUUCGCGGCCGAAAAUAUUUAGACGCUAUCUGUGUCGUGUUCUGGGCGACAACCCCAGUGUUGGUAGCUGCUCUGACUCUCGGCACACAUGCUUUGAGGAAACAAAGUCUAGAUGCUCCAACUGUAUUUACAACAGUUGCAUUAAUAAACAUGUUGAUUGCGCCACUAAAUGCCUUCCCCUGGGUUCUUAAUGGGCUCACUGAAGCUUGGGUUUCCAUCAAACGGAUUCAAAAACUAUUAGAUCUUCCAGAUAGUGACUCAGAAGAAUAUUAUGAUAGAAUAAAUACCAACAGUGAUGAGGAUAAGGUCGUCAUAUUUAAAAAUGCAUCGUUUUCGUGGGCAAUAACAUCACAAAGAAAGAUACCUGUAAAAAAAGAUAGAAAAAAUAAAGGGAAAUCCAAAAAACGUUUGUCGAAAGUCAACGUUCAAAGAAAUGAUUCAACUUCCUCAUCGGAAGCAUUACCUGUGGAGGGUCCUUUUAUGUUGAAAGAUAUUUCUCUUGAAAUACGUAGAGAGGAACUUAUUGGUAUAACGGGCAACGUUGGCAGUGGAAAAACCUCUUUUCUACUUGCUAUUAUUGGAGAAAUGUUAAAGAAAAAUGGUGACAUACAGAUACCCGAUAAUCUUAAUGGAUUCGGUUACGUUCCACAGAAACCAUGGUUGGUACGCGGCACUAUACGUGACAAUAUUAUUUUUGGGAAGCCUUAUGAUGAGACCAAAUUCCGGACCAUCGUUGAUGCUUGUGCACUAACAGAGGAUUUAAACAUUUUGGGAUGGAAUGCGUUCGUCGGGGAAGGAGGUUGUACGUUGAGCGGUGGUCAGCGUGCCAGGAUAUCUCUAGCGAGGGCCGUAUAUCAGGAAAAACAAGUUUACUUGUUAGACGACGUCCUAUCCGGCCUGGACGGCGUGGUGGCUCAGCACGUAAUGCAGCGGUGUAUCCUGGGAGUGUUACGACGCACCACACGCGUACUCGUCACGCAUUCACACCGCCAUCUAGCGAAGACCAAUUACAUACUCGUCAUGCACGAAGGACAGAUCGUCAGGCAAGGUCCUCCUGAGAUAGUACUGAACAAUUUGGAAGACUUCAUGCCGAGUGAAACCGAAUCUAUAGGUGAGGAACCGCCGCGGGAAAUCCCUCCGCGACCCUCAACGGAUUCGGAAGACAGCACCAGUAGAAAUAGUUUAGACGAAGAGGAAACAAUGUCGAAGGGCACUGUUGAUUGGUGGGUGAUUGGUAUGUAUCUUCGCUCGGUCGGUGCCUUCCUUUCCAUCAUUAUUUUAAUGUCCCUGAUUUUAAUGCAACUCUCACAGAAUUUCACUUUCAUUUGGCUGACUUUCUGGAUUAAGAGUAGAGCCUCUAAUAAUUCUACGAAUGUGACUGAGAUUAGAUUUGAUGAAGUGCCACAUGAAAAUACUACUAUAUUGGACCAUGGUAUAUUUUCGAUCGAUAAUAUUGUGCAUAAAGUGAUUAACAGCACCCGGAAUAUAAUUAACAAUUUCUAUGGGGACAAACCAUAUGUUAACAAGUCUAUUGAACUACCUACACCACCGGUAAGAGCGGAGGAUGAUAUCCAACGGCCUGUAUUUACGAACAACUUUUAUCUAGAAAUGUAUUUCGCGUUGGCUGGACUGAAUUUGGUGUUCACUAUUAUGAGAGCAUUCUUAUUCGCAUAUGGUGGAGUGAAAGCUGCAACAAGAAUACACAAAUCAUUAUUAAAAUCUAUUAUUAAGGCAAAGGUGAAAUUUUUCGAUAUUACGCCAUUGGGACGCAUCCUCAACAGAUUUUCGUCAGACACAUACACAGUCGAUGAUUCCUUACCCUUUAUUCUGAACAUACUUCUUGCUCAAGUUUUCUCACUUAUUGGUGCCGUAGUGGUGACAUUGUAUGGGCUGCCGUGGCUUCUGGCUGCGGUUUUACCGCUGUCAUUGAUAUAUUACCGACUACAACGGCGGUACCGCGCCACUUCGCGGCAGCUCAGGCGAUUGCAGAGCACUACAUUAUCACCUGUAUACACGCACUUCAGCGACACGCUUGAUGGAAUAACGACAAUCCGGGCGAUGGGCGCGAGUAACCGGUGGUCAGACAUCGGCGACGAGUACGUGGAGACGUGGCAAAAGACGGCGCUGUGUUCCGCCGCAGCGAGCCAGUGGCUGGCGCUGCGGCUGCAGGCGAGCUCGGGCAGCGUGGUGGCUGCCGCCGCGCUGCUCGCCGUGCUACAACGCGCCGUGCACGCCGCCGACCCAGGUCUGGUUGGCCUUGCCAUAUCAUAUGCGUUGUCGAUGACCUCUAUGCUUAGUAGCGUUCUCAAUUCGUUUACUGAGACUGAAAGAGAGAUGAUUGCUGUUGAAAGAGUUGGAGAAUAUAUCAAACAGGUUGAAUGCGAAACUAUAGGUGGUGAUGCUCCUCCAUACGGGUGGCCUUUGCAAGGUGUCAUUGAGUUCGAACAUGUCACCCUUAAAUAUAGCGAUCGUCGGAACGGCACUUUAGCGUUGAAUGACGUCACUUUCUCGACGUGGCCGGGCGAGAAGUUGGGGGUUGUGGGAAGAACAGGUGCUGGCAAGAGCUCUCUUCUGAGCGCGCUACUGCGGCUUACUGACGUGGACAGCGGUCGCAUACUGGUCGACGGCGUAGACGUGCGGUCACUGAGCCUCCAAGCACUCAGGUCGCGUAUAGGAGUGAUACCGCAAGAACCGUUCAUAUUCUGUGGCAGCGUGCGCGAAAAUGUGGACCCGCUGGAGAUGCACGCGGGCGAAGAGUUGUGGCGCGCGUUGGAGGCAUGCGGCGCGCACGCGCUUGUGCAUGCGCACGGGGGGCUCGCUGCGCCCGCGCACCACUUGUCCCGCGGACACGCGCAGCUGCUAUGCCUCGCGCGCGCCCUGCUGCACCGCCCCAAGAUUCUACUAGUGGACGAGGCCACCGCGAACCUCGACCAGGAGACGGAGCGCAUCAUAUUGAACACGAUCCGUUGCUCGUUCGGCGGCUCGACGGUGUUGUACGUGGCGCAUCGCACCGCUGGCGUGCUCGAAUGCGGCCGCGUGCUAGUGAUGGGCGGCGGUCGAGCGCUCGAGCUGCGAGCGCCCGACGACGCGCUCGCAGACCCCGAGUCACAGCUCUACGCGCUCGUCUACGGCUCGUGAGCCUUAUAAAAAACUAUAUUAUCUGACAAUUCGACAUAAUAUUGAACUUUUACGCAAUCAAUUUGACUAAUGUUAUUGUUAUAAUGUGGGUAUUAACGCGUUCAAUGUAUCGCGAGGUUGCUGCUAAAGUGAUGGGCGGCGUUCGAGCGCUCGUCUACGGCUCGUGAUCAAUCCAAUAUACUAUUGAACUCUUUCGUUCCCUUUUUUAAAGCAAUUUGACAACAAAUGUGGGUUUCAUCUUAUAUAUUAAAGCAUCGCGCAGUUGCUUGUUGCUUGCGUGUAUGGUUGGUGCUCUUAGAACGCGCUCGUCGACCCCGUCUUGCAAUACCACACGCUGGUCUAGAAAUCACGAGGGCUUCAAAACUAUAUUUUAAAUUAAAUAAAUCUUGAAAUGUGAGUUUUGAUGGGCGUAAACUAAGGUAUAAAAAAAGUAUUUGGGUCAGUUGAUUCUGGUUUACCGGCAAAGUUGGAACCAAACGAGAAAAAUGUGCUAUAAUACUCAGUCAAGACUAAAAUUAUUGAAAUUAUUUUUUAUUUAAGUGACCAUGUAAAUUUGACAUUGACAUAAAAGUUGCAUAACUGUUCACUUUUAAGAUUUUUGUAUAUAAAAAAUCGAAUCAUCAAAAAGAACGAUAAAAAUAAGAUAGGCGAAUCAAAGUAGAAUAAUAAAAAUAUAAGUAAACUAUUUUCCUUUUGCUGUCUUAUCAAUUUUAUUUUUUUGCAGUUUCCAAAAAUUUUCAUAGAUGAAUAAUCUACCGUGUUAAGCUUUUAAUAAAAAUUAAUCGAUCCCUUUCACUUAUAUUGCAAGACUAUUUAUUAUUUUACUACAUACGAUGUACGCAAAUAUGAUCAAUGAUUACUGAACAUGUACAAAAUAAGGUAUUUUAUUUUUAUUCAAACAUGUUAUUCAACUAAAUACAAUUUGCAAUACUUAUUAAAAAUCCGAAUUCGAAAACAGACUCCCAUUGAAUUAUAUAUAUUUUGCGAUUGGCUUUUCACGUCAUUAAAAUAGUGUAAUUUAUCAAAACGCCUAUAACAAAUAGAAGGCUGGAGUUCUGGCAGGACCAUAGAUAUAGAGCAUGGGCUGAGCGACACUCGCAUGAAAUUGACAACUUUCUAGAAAGUGAAAGCUAUGGUGCAACCCAUAGGUAGACGAACUAUUAUACGGCCGCACGGUCGCUUUGUCUGUCACUCAAAUUAUCUGUCCUGUUUUGUUACAUUUGGGCAGCAAACGCUCACUCCAUUCUCUGUCUAUGGGCAGGGCCUACCCUGAACAACAAGGAUUCCUAGGAGCACUUAAAAACAAGCAUGUGGACCCAGAGACAUACCACUAAACACAAAUACAGCACAACACAUACAAUAAUGACUUACACUCAUACCUAUAUAUCCUAUGUGACAAUUAUUUGACACUGACAAAAGGAAGAUAAUAAAUUAUUAAAAUAUAAAACAUUAUACAAAUAACAAAACGUAAUUACUGUUAAUAUUAAUAACGCAGUAUAAUUUGUCUGUAAUAAGCAAUGAGACCCACCCACGUGUUGACUUUAGUAUCUAUAAUAAAAUAAUGUAUUUAGUAAACACGCGUGUCUUAGGGUGAUCAAUCAACAUCAAGUGCUCUAUUUAGUCAAUUCGCUCCUUUUAGGUGAUAAUGAGGAAUCAAACAAUAAGCGCGGCGCGGCACUUACAGCACCUUUGAUUUGUUUCUACAGUGCGAAAGAAUGCUUUCUGUGUAAAGAACAAAAUAAUUUCCGAAUAAAGUACACUUUCUAUCUAGUAAAAAAAAAUUGAAAACAACUCUGUCAUGGUCUUGUACCCUUAGCACGAACUAAUAUAGAAUUGGAAUAGUUGAAUUCGAUCUCGAUACUCGUUAAAUGUCAAGAAGUAAUUAUGUAUGGAAGAUUUUUAAUUCUCGUUACGUCCGCUGUAGCGCUGUUCAAAUUUCCAUACAAAACUUCUUGAUGUUUGUCGCGUAUCGAGAUCGAAUUCGAUAAUGGUUCGUGCUAUUAUAUCACUGCAUUCUUUCAGCAGUCGAAUUUUAACAUGAGCACAGUACAGCGCAGCAAAGCUGUUUGUUGAUUAGACACUCACUUGUUGAAUUUAGAAGCAAAGAUGUAAAAUAAAAUGUUUGGCUGUUACCAUAGAUUAGCAUCUCUUUAUAUUGUCUCUAUAAUACGGAAAGAAUGUCUCCCGUCGCCAUUACAUUUGUUACUUAUUGGCGCGAGUUUUGUCCAACAAUCCGUAAAAUUCCUAUUAUUUCCUGACUAUAAAUAUUUAGCUUAAUUUUGCUUAUAAAUACUUGAUGAAUGCCUUAGCUUAUUUUCCAAAGAUUUCUUAAUGAUUAUAAUAAAUUUGUUAUUGUUAAUGUUUUAAAAUAAAAAAUCGUAUUAUUAUGAGUAAUGAAUUAUGUAUAAGUUAUACUGAGUAUUAUAUCGUUAGCAAUAGAGUUAAAUCAAAAAGAUUGUAAUACUUUUCUCGAUCUUAACAAAAUAACCAUUAAAUCAGAUUUUAGACAAUACUUCCAUGUUUUAAGGUUGUUCUUACAUAAGAUCAUCGUAUAUCAAAGUAGACCUGUAACCUGUAACUGUAAUACAUGGUAUGGAAACAUUAUAAUGCUAGACAAUUUUAAGUGUACUUAGGCGUCGAUUCUGGCGUGAUUCUCUAAACUUAAAACUAAAUUUAACAUCAGUCUCUCCUUUUCAUUCUGUACAGAGAAUGACAAGGAUAUACUGUUGUUACAAAUUUAGUUUUAGGUUUAGAGAAACAUGCCGGAAUCGACACCACUUUUGUCUAAUUUAAGUUUAGGUUAAGAGAAUCAUGCUUGGCGCGACACCAAUGUCAAAAGUAUUAGGCGGCUCGCAUUUGGAUGCACACUAACAGCACAAAAUAGAUAUUAGAUAAGGUAAUCUACAUAUAAAGUGUGCUAGAGCAACGCACAUACAUUGACACCGCUCACGAUAUCUCGGACCUGUUGAGAGCUUUGACACGCGUCUUUGCACGUUUAGUGCAAGUAUGGAGUAACAAAAAAGUUAUUAUAACUACCUAACCCAACGGUUAGGUUAUGUUUUCUAAUUUCAGUAUUUUUUAUUAAUCCUUACUUAAUAAAAAUUAUAUUUUAAUUAAUAUACUUACUUCCGUUAUUAUUGGUUUAUAAUUACAUUCACUCUUUCAUUUGCAACUUGAAUUUAUUAUUAUUAAAAAAAUACAAUGAAUCAAACAACUAGAUACGUACGAGUGCCACUUUUACUACACUAUGAUUCCUUUGUGCACAAGUUAAAGUUGACUAUCCUAUAGCGCGACCACCGGAGCGUAGGUACAAAAAUUGAUGUAGUAUAUAUAGACAUGGGAUUACCUUCUGUACUUUCUAUUUUGUGCGAACAGUCAUACACCUUGUGUAGCGAUUCCACUUAGUGUUCAGAUAGAACAAUGCUGUGCGACAAUCAUUCGCUCGCGAGCGAAUGAAUCAUCAGAGCGAGCGAACGCGUUCAACAACGAUGUUUGACUGGACACAAUGAAGGAAUGCUCUCUUUCUUGAAUCAAUGGAAACAACGCAACGGCGAUCGAACACUAAUUUGCUCGUUCAGAACUGUUCUGAGCUUAAGUGAAUACACAGCAAUAAAAAGUUUGGUUCCAAUUUGGAAGCGAAUGUUGCCAGUUGCCAUUCACGUAUCCAUCAAUUUAAGCCCGGUUUGCUUUUUAGGGACAAGAAAAAUAGCAUCCAGUGAACGUGUCACCGGAAAUCUGUAUAAUGCAGGUAUUCUACUGUAUAAAGCACUAUUAUCAACAUAUUGCUCUUAUCAAGUACAAGCAAAACUAAUAUGUAGAUUAAUUUUUAAUUAAUCAAUCUCUUCCCCAAAUAAAAACACCGAAGGCGAUGAUGAUUGCCCUAUAUUAAUCACAAAUUGUUAUACAAAUUGAGGAGCUCGAUGGCGCAAGUGGUUAGUGUGUUCGACUGCGAUCGUUGCAGUUAAGCAACUUUCGCAAUGGUCGGUCAUUGGAUGGGUGACCAAAAAUUCACUAUCUCGAGCUCCUCCAUGCUUCGGAAGGCACGUUAAGCCGUUGGUCCCGGCUGCAUCUGCAGUCGUUAGCACCCACCAAUCCGCACUGGGCCCGCGUGGUGGGUCAUGGCCCAAUCUCCCUAUUCCAUCCAUAGGGAAGGCCUGUGCCCCAGCAGUGGGGACAUUAAUAGGCAGAUGAUGAUGAUGAUGAUGAAUCACAAAUUGCUCCACCAUAUACCUGUGAUAUUAAACAACUGAUAAAAUUUAUUUUCUCAUUUUCUUGAUGUAGACACAACUACAUAACGUACGUAUACAUAACGCAGACGUAAUAUUUACUAGACGUAAUAUUUUCAUGCUUUUCGACUUCUAGGUUUCUAGGAAUAGUGAACCCCAGAUGAAUUAGUAUAACUAGCAUUAAUAUGAAGUUUGCUACUAUACCGUAAAUCUGCGGAACACUGGCUCUUAGACCAUAUUUUAUAAUUCAAAACAAAAAAAAACAACUACAACAAAAUGCAGUUGCAAACCUCUGCUUCUUUGGGUUUUUCCAGAGCCAUUUUGUGGUUUGUAGUAAUCAUGUAAUAUUUCAUAUUUAGAAGACUGCAUGUAUAUUUUACGCAUAAAUUGGCAGAAGCGUAAUUAAAUAUUUAUUACCACAAUGAGUUGAAAAUGUGCACCUAUACAAUAACCAUUUUUUUUAUUUUUUUUAAAGUUACCUUCAUUGAAGUAUAGGCUAAGUAUAAAAUGAAUAAUAUUUCAUACAUUCCCUAGACGUUUAUGGUAUUCAAUAGAUUGCCUAGGUAUUGUAUAGAAUGCCAAAUUAUACAGAUUGCCGGUAACGUAUGCACUCAAUAUGUACCUACUAAACUUGCAUAGACAUAGGUAGGUACUUAAGGAAACCUAUCCAAAGCGCGAGCCACCUUAUACAGUUGUAAGUAAUAUAUAAAGUAACUGUGGUGCAGUUUAAAUACUGAUUUUAAAGAAAAUAUAAAUAUUUAUCGAUUUUUGUUGAAUCAUUAGACACCCGUGCAGAAUAAAAGACGCUUUGAGACUGAUGUUGAGUAUAGACAGGGUUUCGUUCCAUACUUACACUCCAGGUGCUACUUAUGCCAUAUUUGACCUAAGUUUCAUAAAUAUGAUGUUCUUAAAGUCAAGAUGCAAAGUUGCACCUGAAAUGUAAGUACGGAUCGAAAGAUUUAUUUUCAAAGAGGUCAAGUAUGUUUGUGGUCUCACCUUAUUUAACAAUACCGAAAGAAUGUACAUAUUUUUACUGUUAAUGCAUAUAACUUUUUGAUAAUCGACCUGCUGAUAACCACGCUAUCCAAUACGCUGAUAAUUAGGAUACUUUAACGUUGGCUUCUUACGAUCGCUUAUAUUACAGACUGUCGCAAAGUUAUAAUAAAUUCGUCUGUGUCGCCAUUUAGGCUUAGUGUGCGAUGCUCUGCCUGUCCAGUCGUGAUAUCGCGGACAGUGGGAAGCCGGCGAUGUGGUAAUCAAGUCUGUGGCAUUGCGUGAUGUAGAAGUUUGAUACCAGUUUAUAUUUUUAUUUACCACCUAAGUAUGUAUUCAUAAUUUGCUGCGUCUGGCUCAAAAAGGACCAAAAAAUGUGCGAAUUUUGUUCCGUUAUUAGAAGUUAGUCAUGAUUUGAUUAAAUUAUACAUACUUAGUAUAAAAACUGUUUAGUCCUCUGCUAAAAUGAUAACACAGUGCGAGCUCGCGGUGUGAUUGCGAACUCUAUGAUUCUAGAUUGAAUAUAUAAAUGCAUGUGGUGUAUAACGCUGCUUUUAGAUAUCUAUGCGUUUGUUCCUACACUGAUUUUAUAACAGUGCGGAUAUGACGCAGUCUGGAUUCUGAGGGUCCGUACUUGCAAGAUUUUAUACUUCCCUUGGGUUUUAAUUCUGCUGGCCGCUUGAGUGUUGAAGAUCUUUUAUGGAGGUAUAGGAAUAUAAAAAAAAAUAUUAAAUGGCUGGUUGUUACUUGAUCGAUCAAUGACUUGAAAUUUAGAUCUUUGAUCUGUCGAGUAAAACAAACUGUUCAUACCUAAAGUCAACUAGAUUAUUCCUUUUGUAAACCUUUUGAACUUACCUUAGCUAAGAAUCAUAAUAAAUAAAGAUGUAAGUCCCUUAAGUGGAAGUGUGUGCGUGAGCCAUGGCGACCGGUUAUUCCAGCCAGCCCACCUCCCUCCAGAAGCACAUCAGUCUUCCCAGACUUCUCAGGGCAUCCGCAAGGGAUGCCGGUUUACUAAGUCUCUUCGCUGAUCUGGACGACACCAGUGCACUCGAGGAGCACAUGUGCCACCGUUUCUUCUGCCUCCAUGCAUGCUCUGCAUAGGGGACUGUCAGUGAUACCUAGGGUGUGAAAGUUAUUAUUCAGUGGGCAGUGUCCCAUCUUCGAGAUCACAUUGUGUAGUGCAGAUUCUUUUGAUUUUCCUGUGGAGUAAGCGUGUUUUUGUUUAUGUAGUGGCAUCUCCCGAAGAGGUCCGUCUCGGAUAUGUCGGUGACUUCGCAACUCAGAAGAAAUAAUAGGUUCAGGUUGCAUAUACUUUCUUACUAAGCGACAUCCUUUACAUGUAUCUAUCCAAUAUUCUAUGUCCUUAUCCAUUCCACCCCACCAUACUUUGUUUACUUUUCAUACCGUUUAUCUUAGUUUACUUUUCAUACCGUUAAUAGAUAUGUGUCCCUCAUGUCCAGCUUCUAAUAUUCUUGCAGUUAACUCCUUGGGUACAAUAAUCCUCAUUCCUCUCAAUAUAAUGUUUUUAAAAAUAGAUAGCUCAGAUUUAAUCAAUUCAUACUUUCUCAAUUCUUUAGACCAUAAAUCAUUUUCUAUUGCAUGCCUCAAUUUGGUCAAUUCCGUGUCGUUUUACGAAGCUUGUUCAAUUUCUUCUAUAGUAACUGCAUCCAUAUUUGUUUCAACCAUAGCUAAUAAUAAAUUAUUCUCUGUAUCUUCCGAGAUUUGUACUUUAUUUUCAGUAUUUAAUAACCGUGAGAGUCAAUCUGCAAUAUUAGUUUUACCAGGUCUUUAUACUACCUUAAAUGUGUAGGGUUGGAGUCGCAAAACUCAACGCUGAAUACUGGCACUAGGCUUCGACUUGGAUGAAUAAAUGAUUUCUAAAGGUUUAUGAUCAGACACAAUAGUAAAGGUUUUCCCAACAAGAUACAUGUACAGAGUUUCACAAGCCCAAACUAUUGCUAAUGCCUCCUUUUCAGUCUGUGAAUAUCUUUGUUCCGUAUUUGUUAAUGCCCUGCUGACAUACUUAAUAACAAUAGGUUGUAAUUUACCAUUAAUAGACUGAUGUUGAAUAAGUACAGCUGCAAUUCCUACAGGGCUUGCUUCUGUAACAAGUGUAGUUUCUGCUUCCUUAUCAUAAUAUCCUAGAGCAGGUGCCUUAACGAUAAGGUCUUUCAACUGCCUUAAUACAUUUUCAUGUUUCUGACUCUGACUCCAUUCAAAAUCUGUGUCUUUCUUCGUGAGAUGCCUUAAAGGUUCUGUAAGCGUGCUAAAAUGGGGUAUAAAGCGAGCAGAGAAGUUCACUAAACCUAGAAAACUUCUUACUUCUGCUUUGUUCUGAGGUGCCCUAAACUCUUGUAUUAUUUGUUGUGACGUUGUUGUAGGUCUAAUACCUUUCUCAGAAAGAUGAUGGCCUAAAAAAGUUAUUUCAGUUACUCCAAAAUAAUAUUUCUUGUCAUUUAGAGUGAGACCAUUACUGUGUAGCUAUCCAAAACUUAUCUUAGCCUGUCAUCAUGUUCCUGCCUACUACGGCCGCCGAUUCUAAUAUCAUCUUGAUUAUUAGCAACGCCAUCAAUUCCUUAUAAUAAUUGUGCUAGGAUACGUUGGAACAUUUCCAAAGCACAGCGAAUACCAAAAAAGUCUUUUAUAUCUGAAUAAACCCAAGCUGCUACUAAAAACUGUUACUACACGUGACUCCUCAUCCAGCUCCAAUUGAUGGUAGCCCCACUUAAUAUCAAGAGAUGAGAAGUACCUGCAUCCAUUGAGAUCGGCCAGAAGUUAUUCAAAAGAAGGAAGUGGAACUCGCUCCCUAAGAACAGCCUCAUUUGCCAUCCACAUGUCCACCACAAGCCGGUACUGAUCCUUUUCUUUCUUCUUAACAAUGUGUGACGGUGAUACACAUGGUGUCGGUCCAGUUACUGGUUCUAUAUUGUCAUUGUCAAGUAGUUCAUUGAUAAGUUUUUCUUCAAUAUGUCUCAAAUUAAAGGGUUGUCCCCUAACUGGUUGAGCAACUAACUUUACUUUCGGAUCUAGAGGUAUAACUAACUUGAAAUCUCUCAACUUUCCUACAAUUCUGAAUACUCUUACAUUAUCAUCUCUUUGGUAAUAGGUAUGUAAUCAAUAGAAUUUAUUUUUUGAGACUUACAUUGCUCAUGGGAAAUAGGUCCUACUCGUAACAAUCCCAGUUGCAUUGAUGUUAGUCUACUUAACAAAGAUGGCCCAUGACCAUCAUAAACCAAAAUAUCCGCAGUCACUUUAACUUUACUAUCAGGCGAGUAUAAUGUAGUUCUAAACAUAACUAAACUUAAAAUUUCUUUAGCUCCAUAAGAGUAAUACUUUUGCAAUUUAUCAAUUUUAAGUUUAAAACAAAAUUUUGAUUUUAUUAAACUCUUAAAAACAGUUUUAUCAAUAAUAUUAAUAGAAGCUCCUGAAUCAACAAUAAACUUGCAAACUAAUUUGUCAUCAGCCUCUAUGUCAAACUUGGUGCAAUCAAUGCUACUCACUUGAUAUACGGAAUUUACCUGUAAGUUUUUUUUAUUGUCACACUCCUCAUCACUAUCAUCAGAACAAUUAGAAUCUGAACUUGAUGCAUUUUGUAUAACAUACCUGACAUAUCUUUUUUCCUUUUUAGUGUCUUCUCCUUGCUAGAACUAGAAGAAGGAAUAUCAUACUUGUGCCUUGUCUUGCAACAUUUUGCAAAAUGACCCUUAAUACCACAUUUAAUACACUUUUCGUUUAAUGCAGGACAUGACAAUGUCCAUCUUUUGCCAUAUGGCCUUUACCACCAUAUCGAUAACAAGUAACAUCUCGUUGUUGUAUUUUAUUUAUAUCUGAUUCACUGUUUUCCUCCUCGGUAUCCAUUUUUGGAAACAUAUUUUUAUUAAUUUCAAACAAUCUACAAAUUUGUAAUGCUGAAUCUAAGGUCAGGUCUCUGCCUCUUUUUAAUAAUUUUCUUUUUAAAUUUAUAUUGUUGCAUUUCUCUACAAUUUGAUCUCUUAACAUCUCGUCCUUGUUUGGGAAAUCGCAGUUCAUACAUUGCCUUCUAAGUUUUAAUAAAUCUCAUCUAUUGUUUCAUUUUUCAUUUCCAAAUUUCUAAAUUUUUGACAUUCUAUAGCAGUAUUAGCUUCGGGUAUAAAGUAUAAAUUCAACCUGUUUACACACUUAAUGUACUCAUUUUCACCUUCAGCAUCUUCUUCUUGCAAAAUUUCGUAUAUAUUUUGCAGUUUAGGACCUGCCUGGUGCAAUAACCUUGCCACUUUUUGUUUGUCAUUUAACGCUAUUUGACCUUCAAUAUAAUACUUGAAAUUCUGAAGCCCAGUUUUCCAUCGCUCGCCAGUAGUAUUCGGUGCGGAGAAGGGACUGAACUGUGGCCCAGCAGCUCCCACCGAAUAUUCCAAACGCUCCAUUACUACCAAAGCCGGCGUCCCGCCGCCGCUUAUCUGUUCUUUUGCGUGAUUUCGCACCGCUCUCGUCGCCUAGUUUGUAGAUUAUUCCAAUAAAGAAAAGUAUAAUUGUACUCGUUUAUUUAGAACUCCAAUCACAAUAUUAUAAUACGUAUACUAGAUAAUACUUUCAGAUCUUUUCAGUGUCGUACACCAUUAUUACUUGCUUCACAGACUGUCUUUUACAGGGUUGCCAUCAUAGUAAUGUGGCCAUAACAAAACUACAACAGUUAGAUUCAAUAUAUUCUCAGAGUUUUCGCCACGCUUCUCUGCUGGCUUUUCUGAUUUGUUUUUUGAAAGUGUAUUGUGUUAUUUUGUAAAGGUCCCAGUCCUCUGGAAGUCUGGAAUUUUUGGCUCUGUUGAAUUGUUUGCGCACAGCUAGCCUGAGUUUACUAAGCUCUGUUCCACCAAGAGUUACCCCUGCCCUUUGUGGCCAGAUCCUUUAGUUUGCCACAGGCAUGGUAGCUUCAAUAAUCUAUUCUGAGAGUUUCGUUACGCUGUUUUCUAAUUGUUUGGUAUCCUCUAGGUGAAGUGUUUGGUGCCCGGUUAGCAAAGAGGUCAGGAGCUGUUUGUACGGCACGUCUGUUCGGCGCGGGUUGCGCCUGGGUUCCGGGUUUUUUGUGUCUGCGGUUAGUGAAAAUCUAUUUCUUGUACGAUCAGAGCAGGAAGGCUCAUCAGAUACGUGCCAAUUUGAUAUAAGAUUUGUCACGCUUUCGGAAGCUAGCGUUAGAGUCUGUGCAGAUGACCACGUCCAGGUUCACUCCAUGUCCAUGACAGCGUCUUCGCUGUGUUUCACCAGGUCGGUCAUCUCUUGUUGUGGGAAGUCUGUGUCCUCGCCCGGCAUGUAUAUCGAGGCUAGGACAAUGUCGGGUGUGUUGCCUUCGGUUUUUAUCCUGACGGCAGUUUGGUCUCUGGAACAGAAUUGUGUGUCGUGUUAGGUACAUUUUUAGGAAUGUUCGUAUGGUUCAUGGCUUUUCUGUGCCCUGUGUGUCUAGAAUUAGCUUACCUCCGAUGUUAUGGGGGCCACAUAUUCUGUUGUUUCUGAUCCACGGCUCUUGGUCACUCAAUCAGUGCGAUUGUUCGGGGUUCAUCUCCAGCGGCCUGCGUUAGCAAGCCGUAGCAGUCUGACUGUGCUGGAGGUUGGUCUGGAUGAUUUCGAGGGGAUUGAACCAGUUCGAUGACGGCGGUGCGACUAGAUUAUGAGUAGAUCGACCCAUCAAAGGGCUCUCCCUCAUCCCCAACCUACGCCGGUCAUCAAUAGACGACGAGGCGAGCAGCUGCUCCGUCUACCCCGGUGAUACGGGUGGCGCACUCCGUGCGUCGGCCUCAGCCAUCGCCGCCUUGGCCAUCUCCUCCUCAUGCAUGGUCAUCUUAUCAUCAUGGUCCGUGUGUCUGCGUCGGUGCAGUAUUCGGGGUAUCGGUCUGUGCAUCUCAGUCAGAGGAUUGGGUUUUGGGGUAGAAUCGCACGUUUAUUGAGCCUAGCAAGUACGAUACACGUCGCUCCCACCCCAAGACCUUUUCGACUUCAUCCGGUAGGAUACCCAGGGUCUAGUAAAUCCCAUGAUUAUCACCACCGACUGAUGUCGCCCUGUACAGUGACCACCUCCCUAUGUCAUACCAAGUGUUCUGACGCCACAGAACACUUUGGAGCCGCGCUAUAUCUCUGUUGUACCGGUGUAUGAAGAGCGCUGGCUCGGACACGAGUCGGCACGUCAGACGUUCACACUUCACUCACGCUUAGGGUAGCGGUAAUAAAGAUACAUAUUUUUUUACUUAAUCAAACAUAGUCGUAAGUUUGCUACAUCUUGUGAUAAAGUAGAAAUAAU